AUGUCGCGACGUUGCAACUCAAAGAGCCAUCAACGUCAUCAAAUCGGAUACUUCUUCAGCCUCUUUAGCCUUGCACCUCAGGGAUUUAUAAUAAGGCAACCAAAAUGUUUGUAUGUGGCAAAUCCUGGACCCUAAAAUUGGGUUAAAGUCUGGGGCUAUGAUUAUCUGACCAAUCGUUGCAUUUUCUAUUUUUACGGCGGCUGUGGCGGUAAUCCCAAUAGAUUCUAUACAAAGGACGAGUGCCUGGACACCUGUCGAGUGACAAGAGAUACAGAAAGGCGGAAAAGAGAGGGGGUAAUUGAAGAGGAGCAGAUCGAGGAGGAAGAGGAGGAGGAGGAGUUCGAGGAGGAUAUAGACAACUGGGAUAGUUUCGAAGAUUGGGAAUCUUAACAGCAAAAAACUCAAAGGAAAGUGUAUACAAACACCACUCUUCUCGCGUCUCAAUUGGGCAAAGUUAUCUUUUGAUUCGUUGAGCAAACGCAUAAUUUCAGUUUGAAAGAAAGAACUUCCCGUCGAGUUGCA